GGAGCGAACUGUCAAAAAUAUUUUCCCCUGGAUGUCGCACGCAAGUUUACAUUAUUUUCUGUAUUUUCCUGUGUAUUUCAUUCACAAUUUUCGUUAAAAUUCCACUCACUCAAGCUCUUUGUUAUGGUUUACGAAUAAAGUAAAACCAAAGUACCCGCCAUGGCUAGAGACAGAAGUCCUGAAAGGCGAAGAUCUCGUUCUAGAGAAAGACGUGAAAGAGAUCGUCACGAAGACCGCGAUUCUCACCGGGAUAAAACAAAGCGCAGAGAAAGAUCGCGGAGUCCGCGGAAAGAGCGAGACAGGUCGCGCAGUCCUGGCAGAAAAGACAGAGACAGAUCGCGGAGCCCGAGGAAAGAACGCGAACGUUCCCGGAGCCCGAGGAAGGAGCGUGGUCGUUCCAGAAGUCCGAAGAAACGCGACGGUAAGGAGAAGGAUAGGCGUUACGAUGAUAAAGAAAAGAGCAAGAAAAAAGAGGAUGAAAAGCCAGAAGAGGAAGAAGAUACUAAAAAGAUGGAGCCCAAACCCGUUAAACGUGAGCCACUGUCUUUAGAAGAACUUCUCGCCAAGAAAAAGGCUGAAGAGGAAGCUCGAAGCAAACCAGUGUUUUUAACCAAAGAGCAAAGGGCAGCGUUGGCAUUAGAAAGGCGUCGUGAACAGGUUGAAGCUAUGAGAGCCAAUGUGGAGAAACCCUCAAUAACUACUAUUGAUCUAACUGGUAGUUCUAGUUCCAACUCUAAGAAGGAUGAAGAAAAGAAGCAUAAGGAGGACAGAGACAGAAGAGAAGAGGAAGGGAGAAGGGAGCAAAGAGAGAGGCGGGAGGAACGUAAGUAUGAUGAUAGGAAGUCUGCAGGAGACCGUCGUGAUGACAAAAAAGAUAAAAAUGAAGAAGUAUCCAAGACUAAAGACAAGGAAAGAGAAGAAGAAGCUAUCAAAGCUCGUUACUUGGGAAUCAUCAAAAAGAAACGUAGAGUGAGACGUCUCAAUGACAGAAAAUUUGUAUUUGAUUGGGAUGCUUCAGAAGACACAUCGAAUGAUUACAAUCAGCUGUACAAAGAAAGGCAUCAAGUACAAUUCUUUGGAAGAGGUCAUAUUGCUGGCAUAGACAUUAAGGCACAGAAAAAAGACCACUGUAAGUUUUAUGGUAAUCUUCUGGAGAAACGUAGAACAGAACUUGAGAAAGAACAAGAGAAAAUAAGGUUGAAGAAAGUAAAAAAGAAGGAAGACAAACAAAAAUGGGAUGACCGUCACUGGUCUGAGAAAGACCAGGAUGAAAUGACUGAAAGAGAUUGGCGAAUCUUUAGAGAAGAUUAUAAUAUCACUAUCAAAGGUGGCAAAAUCCCCAACCCUAUUCGUAAUUGGAAGGAGGCAGGUUUCCACCAAGACAUUAUGGAUAUCAUCAACAAAGUUGGAUACAAAAGCCCCACACCAAUUCAGAGACAAGCCAUACCUAUUGGUUUACAAAAUCGAGACAUCAUUGGUGUCGCCGAAACAGGAUCUGGUAAAACACUGGCUUUCCUCAUACCUCUUCUGACUUGGAUCCAAUCAUUGCCCAAGAGUGAGCGCAUGGAAGACGCCGAUCAAGGACCGUAUGCUAUCAUAUUGGCGCCAACUCGUGAGUUGGCCCAACAAAUUGAGGAAGAGACUAACAAAUUCGGUAUUCCACUUGGAAUCACGUCAGUCGUAGUCGUCGGUGGUUUAUCUCGUGAAGAGCAAGGUUUCAAACUGAGAUUGGGUUGUGAAAUCGUUAUUGCAACGCCCGGUCGUCUCAUUGAUGUUUUAGAAAACCGUUAUCUAGUACUUAAUCGCUGCACAUACGUGGUACUCGACGAAGCCGAUCGUAUGAUUGACAUGGGUUUUGAACCUGAUGUGCAGAAAAUUCUAGAAUACAUGCCCGUAUCGAACAUCAAACCGGACACUGACGCAGCCGAGGAUGCGUCGGUUCUGCUGGCCAAUUACAAUACUAAAAAGAAGUACAGACAAACUGUGAUGUUUACAGCAACUAUGCCUCCGGCUGUGGAGCGUUUAGCCCGAAGCUACCUUCGAAGACCGGCAAUCGUCUACAUAGGAUCGGUCGGUAAACCAGUCGAUAGAACCGAACAAGUGGUCCACAUGAUUGGCGAGAACGAGAAGCGUAGGAAGCUGACCGAGAUUUUGCAACGCGGAGUGGAACCUCCGAUUAUUAUUUUCGUCAAUCAAAAGAAAGGGGCUGACGUGCUCGCGAAAGGUCUCGAAAAGCUGGGCUUCAAUGCGUGUACAUUGCACGGUGGUAAAGGGCAAGAACAGCGUGACUUCGCACUUGCGAGUCUCAAGAACGGGUCUAAAGAUAUACUUGUCGCGACAGACGUCGCCGGUCGUGGUAUCGACAUCAAGGACGUCAGUAUUGUCAUCAACUACGACAUGGCGAAGACUAUUGAGGACUACACGCAUCGUAUCGGUCGUACUGGUCGUGCUGGCAAGACUGGUAAAGCCAUAUCGUUCGUCACGAAAGAGGAUUCGGCUCUGUUCUACGAUUUGAAACAGGUCUUAUUAGCUAGCUCUGUGUCGACAUGUCCUCCUGAAUUGAUGAAUCACCCAGAGGCUCAGCAUAAGCCAGGCACAGUAGUCACCAAGAAGAGGCGAGAGGAAAUGAUUUUUGCAUAAUGCAGUUCUGUUAAUCAUUUAAAUUGGAAUUCAAUGAAUUGUACUUUUUAGGGUUAAAUAAAAUACGAUAUGUAAAAAUA